AUUUGUCGAGUUGUCAUCUCGAGGUCGAUCUAGGAACACAAUAUGGCUGACGUAAAGAGCUCUGAGGAUCAUCCCACGACAACUGAUGCCCCUGCCGUGGAGGGUCAGCAGGCAGGCGAGGGAUCGCUGCCAUCUGAGCCGACGGCGGAUCAGGCCACCUCCGCGCCCCAACCGCUAACUGACACUGCAUCCACCACGGCCACGAAACCUGAAGCUAGUCCUAGCGAGCCGGCCGAGAAGUCCUCGCCGAUAGAUUCUACCACUGCGCCUCAGAGCGAGAAGCCAUUGGCCGGAGAGGCAGACAAGGCGGCGGAACCCAGUAGCCAGGAUGCGGCCGGCGAGGAAAAAGCGACGCACAAGACGCCUCUUGAUCAGUUCGAUGCCAAACUUCCCGCCAUCUUGAAGGACAUUGGGCACGAUGAGAUGUGGGGUGUCAAACUCGUCUCGCCUGCCUCGUCGCAUAUCCCCACCGGCAUUGUCCUGCAAAAGUUUCUCAACGCCAACGAUGGGGACCUUACCAAAGCCAUCGAGCAGUUCCAGGGUGCUUUGAAGUUUCGCAAGGAGAAGAAGCCCCUUGAGCUACUCACCAAGACUUUCAGCGCCAACAAGUUCGCAGACCUCGGUGCUGUUACCGUGUACCCCGUCAAGGACAGCUCAAUUCCAGAAGUGUUCACGUGGAACCUCUAUGGUAACGUGAAGGGCAAGAUGGACGAGGUCUUCGUCCCGCUUGAAGAGUUCAUGGACUAUCGCAUCGCGCUGCAGGAGCUGGGCAUUCAGCAGCUCCAUCUUUCCUCAGCUACCGAGCCUAUCACUGCUGUCGACGACCCAUACAAGAUCAUCCAGGUGCAUGACUACAAGAGCAUCUCCUUCCUGCGUCAAAACCCCAACGUGAAAGCGGCCAGUACUGAGGUCAUCAAACAAUUUGCACUAGCUUACCCCGAGCUUCUAAAGGAGAAAUUCUUCGUCAAUGUUCCUGCCAUCAUGGGCUGGAUGUAUGCCGUGAUCAAGGUUUUCAUUGCCGAGAAGACGGCAAAAAAGUUUCAUCCGAUGGCCAACGGUGCAAACCUCGCCGCUGAGUUCAAGGCGGGCGGCCUGGAUGAGAAAAGUCUUCCAAAGGAGUAUGGUGGCGAGGGCGGCUCUGGUGAUGGAAAAAUGAAGGAUAUCCCUGGUCUAGUCGACGAGCUGAAGUUUGCGUGAUCUCACAUCUGCCAAAGCAUGUAUUACACUUGUAUGGCGUUGUUUUCAAUGCCUGUAUUAAUUUUAUACCUAGACAGUCUGUUUCAACUCUUCUCUACUC